AUGACAGAACUUGCAACCGAACAUACAACCAGAACAUACCGGUCAGAACAUACCAGCCAGAACAUACCAGUCAGAAAAUACCAGCCAGAACAUACCAGCCAGAACAUACCAGCUAGAACAUACCAGUCGGAACUUACCAGCCAGAACAUACAAGCCAGAACCUACCAGCCAGAACGUGCCAGACAGAACAUACCAGCCAGAACAUACCAGUCAGAAAAUACCAGCCAGAACAUACCAGUCAGAACAUACAAGACGGAACAUACCAGUCAGAACAUCCCAGUCAGAACAUACCAGACAGAACAUGCCAGCCAGAACAUACCAGCCAGAACACCAGCAGAACAUGCAGUCAGAACAUACCAGCCAGAACAUACCAGUCAGAAAAUACCAGCCGGAAUAUACCAGUCAGAACAUACCAGCCAGAAGAUACCAGCCAGAACAUACCAGUUAGAACAUACCAGCCAGAACAUACCAGCCAGAACAGACCAGCCAGAACAUACCGGCCAGAAGAUACCAGCCAGAAGAUACCAGCCAGAACAUGCCAGUGAGAACAUACCUGUUACAACAUACCAACCAGAAGAUACCAGCCAGAACAUGCCAUUCAGAACAUACCAGUUACAACAUACCAACGAGAACAUACCAGCCAAAACAUACCAGUUACAACAUACCAACUAG